AGGUCAGUCGCACGACUCGGCACGAGCCCCUUGAAAAGCAUUCUGGGAUACAAUAUGUAAACAUCAGCCUCAAACCUGUCAGACGAGAUUCCAAUGCAUUUUAUACAUAGUGAAAUUUUGAACAGACUUAUUUUUUUUAUGAUUUUGCUAUUUAAUACAAGCGGGGGUACUCGACUUCGUGAUUUAUAUGGAUGUGACGAUGCUGUCAAGAAGCGACAGUACUUCUGUGCAAGUGUCAGAAUGCUAGCGGCUAGUUAGCUCGCUGCUGGGUCACAUUCAUGCGCUUAUAGUUGUCUUACAUUUCAACGGAUUCGUCCAUUCUUUGUUACCGGACCACUGGAACUGAAAAGUGCUGAAGGUGUAAAGCCGCAUGUCUUCUGUCUGUAUAAGUAGCUUUGCUAGAUCAGCAGUGAGGAGAAAUUUUCCUUGCCAGUGACAUAAGUGAGAUGGAUGAACUAUUACUUGGGAGGAAAACAUAAAAAAUGUACAAUUUGAAAAAGUCAUUUUUUGCAGGCAGUCCAGACUCUUCUUCCUGCUGUGAAGGAUGGGUGUGAAAACCUUCACUCACAACUCCCCCAACCACAGCCAAGAGCUUUUGGAUAAGCUCAACACCCUACGUAGUGAGGGCCACUUUUGUGACGUCACCAUCCGUGUACAAGGCCAGAUGUUCUCUGCCCAUAAGGUAGUGCUAGCCUGCUGUAGUGACUUCCUUCGAGCGAAGCUGUCAGGGAAGCCAGCUGAAGAAGACACUGUAAUAGUAGGUGAAGAUAACAAACAUGUGCUGGAUCUCCAACACGUGACGGUCGCAGGUUUCGCUCCUCUUCUGGAAUAUGCAUACACGUCCACCCUAUCCAUUAGUACGGAGAAUAUCAUCGACGUACUGGCAGCUGCUAGCUACAUGCAGAUGUUUGCGGUGGCCAACACUUGCUCUGAGUUUAUGAAGUCCAGUAUCCUGUGGAACUCUGCAUCCUCAGGAGCAGGAGGUCCUGGUAGCACCCAGCCUCCAGUUUUACACAGACCCCAAGAGACUCCUGAAGGCAAUACGAGCUGCACCCUCGCCCCUGUAGAUGCCCUCUCGCCAUCUCCGGUCUCAUCCGAAUGCAGCGUACCGGAGCGGCCCAUUCCUGUGUGCCGUGAGUCUAGACGUAAGCGCAAAGGCUUUGCGAGCCCGCAACCAGCAUCCUCAACCUCUCCGCAAGUCCCCAACCCCUCUCCCUCCUCUUCCUCCUUCCCAGAGAGUUCAGCGCAGGCUCUGGAACCAUCUCUGGCCUUCUCCUGGACAUACCCCUUUGGUGUGGACCGGCGGUUUGCAGCAGAAAAGUCAAAACUACCUGAAGGCCUCCUGGAACCAUCUGGAGCACCGGGGCAGGACUCUAGUGGACGGGCAUUAGUGGAGUAUUUGGCCUGUGAGGGCCCACGCAGCCUGGGCGUAGGGGGAGCUGCAGGGGUGGAGGAGGAGGAGGAAGAAGAAGAUGUGCAGGUGAAGGUGGAAAGGCUGAGUGAUGAAGAAGUGCAUGAAGAAGUUUCUCAACCAGUCAGUGCUCCACACAGUUCUCUGAGUGACCAGCAGACGGUUCCUGGCAAUGACCACACCCAAGAAGAUCUACUCAUCAGCCCUCAGUCCUCAUCCAUUGGCUCCCUGGAUGAGGGGGUGACGGAGGGUCUCCAAUCCAUGCAGGGCACUCCAAACACUACUGGUCACAUGGAGGAGGAUGAGAGGCUGGAGAAUGUCCAGUACCCAUACCACCUGUACAUUAGCCCUUCCACUCGCCCAGGACUCAACGGUCCUGAACGGCCCUUCCAGUGCCCUACAUGUGGCGUCCGCUUCACUCGAAUACAGAAUCUCAAGCAGCACAUGCUCAUCCACUCUGGUAUAAAGCCAUUCCAGUGUGACCGCUGCGGGAAAAAGUUUACGCGGGCUUACUCUCUGAAGAUGCACCGGCUGAAGCACGAAGGUAAACGCUGUUUCCGGUGCCAGAUCUGUAGCGCCACUUUCACUUCCUUCGGUGAAUAUAAGCAUCACAUGAGGGUGUCUCGCCACAUCAUCCGCAAGCCUCGGAUUUACGAGUGCAAAACGUGCGGCGCCAUGUUUACCAACUCCGGCAAUUUAAUCGUACACCUGAGGAGUCUCAACCAUGAGGCGUCAGAACUAGCAAACUACUUCCAGACCAGUGAGUUCCUCCUCCCAGACUACCUGAGUCACAUGCAAGAGGAAGAGGGGCUGGGACACUUUGAGAUGAGUGAGCAGACCUUCUCCUCCUCUUCCUCAGUCCAAACACCAGUUAUCUCUCAAGUUUCCUCUACCAUGAACUAUGACAACCACACUUCUGCACCUCCUUCCCAAUCGCCAAACCCCAGGUCAAGGAACGGAGGGGAGGCCGCACAAGGGGACCACCCGAAGUCCACCGCUGCUGUUACCUCUCUGCAAGACCCAGAGGAAGACGAGGGAGAGAAGGAGAGAGGUGGAAAAAAGAAGAAGAGACUAGUGUCAAUUACAAUUGAGUGAAAACGUUCCAGAAGUGUAAACAUGUAUAAAAACAGUCAGUGUCCUGUUGCACACUUAAUACUUCUGUUGUCGACGGUUUAUUAUACUCUCAUAAAAAAAGGUACCAAAGCUGCCAUUGGGGUGGUACCACUGAAAAAGGUACACCUUUGUACCUUAUUUAUCCGUAAAGAGCGCAUAUCAGUAUCUUAAAAGUAUAAAUACCUAUAAUGUAUAUAUUAAUACCUAAAUGGUACAUUUUAGUAUCUUCUGAAAGGGUACCACCCCAGUGACAACUUUUGUACUUUUGUUCUGAGAGUGUAUGUUUUAACAGCUUAUAAACUUGGUGUAAUGCCUUUUAAUUUGUGGGGGUUAUUUUAAAUAGUUUUAAAAUCACAUUUGAUUUGGAUUUACAUACAAAUCUAUAUGAAAGAGUGAUCAUGGUUCUAAAUUUAAAGAAAAUGUGAAAUAAAAAAAUGGGACUUUUUAUUAGUAACCCAUUAAUAUCUGUAACUAUAAUGAAUUUGUUCCAUGGAAGCACAUUUUUUAGUUUAUAUUCUUAUUCAUAAUUCAUAAUAUACAAAUUUUUAACCACUUUGUGGCGGUCUGUCAAAAAGAAUCACAUUUUAUACCAUUUUUUGCAUUAUGUUCAGCUAUGACUGAUCUCUAUUUGUUAUGCGACUUUUCUCCUAUUUCAUGUCUGCGCCCAAACUAUCGCAAACUGACCCUUCCGACUGUAAACAAACCUGUUACAAACUGGGAAGCUUCAGUCCUCCGAGGACCUUUCCGAAAAAUGUGAAAGACUGUGUUACUACUUCCAUGUGUGUUCAGUACAGAAACAAAACACUGAAUCUGACUGGCACUAAACAACCAUGAAACCCUGUCAAUGGGAUGUUUUGCAUUGACUGACUAAUCUAAUGUGCUUUAGUGUGUUGUUUUGAAUGCGUGUAUAUGUGAAGAGUAGCCCUGUUUUCCUAGCCCUCUUUUCUGCUGUAUGUGUAAUGCUGCUAAAUUUUGUAAACUGUGCCUCUUGCCCAGCUCUCCGAACCACUCGUCAAUUCGAUCUAAAGAGCUGUAUGUGAAUUCUUUAGGUUUAACAUUCUUCUUUUGAUUGUGACAUAUAGAAGAAUUGUCAAAUGGGUCACGUUUUAAUAGAGUGGAAGGAAGGUGAUAUUUCCAUAGCCUUUCCCAUUUUAUUGCUGUUGGAAUUAUAAUAUGGAAUUUUCUCCAUAGCUUGAUGCCAUCGUUGAAUGUGCCUAAUAUUCUCACAAACAAAGUUUAUGAACACCUUGUGACUAUGGCAUGAGCCUUGAUUGAAGAUGUAACUUGAUUGCGACUUUGGAAUAUGUAGCAUUUGUUUUGUUCGGGUUGUCGUAACAAUCGCGUAUCUUCGCUUCCUUCGUGUGAUAUUGCACCUGGCAAUCAGUCAGUCUCGAAGCUGCUCCAUUCCAAUAUGAUUUUGUAGGGAACAAAAAGUUUUAAUAAGCGUUGUGCAAUAUUGUUUUGGAUGAUUCACGUGGUCCAAAAUUAAAACCUUUUAUACUGCAGUGGACAAUGAGCUGAAUGACUGAAGAUAAUGAAAUACAGAAAGGGGGCUAGUCGAGGGAAAAGGCUAAAGCAUGUGCCCUGCGAUAAACAUAUGAAUUGUUAGUGUACAAACAGUGAAAGAAACCACAUUGUGUUACAAAAACUAGGUUGCAAUAUCUUUCUCUGAUGUCAUUUCCCUUGAGACGGUCUCCGGCUUAUCUCACUCUCUCCAUUUUUGCGACUGCUGGCUGUAUCUCAAACUCAGUUACUUCAUAGUCUGAGAGUUUGUAGUGACGCAUUUAUCCAUAAGACAAUAUUGGCUGUCUGUCCCAGAUUGCUCUUUGUGCUACUUGCAUGUUUUCCGUGCAAAAAGAAAUAUAGGGGGAAAAAAUCAAUAUAGCAUGGGUUGAUUUGUUUGUUGGAUGUUGUUUCAGAUAUGUGCAAAUACCAUUUUGUAUACAAUAUUCAAUCUUUGGUGUUCAGUUGUUUGAGCAGAAAGAAAACGUGACAUUUCAGUAGUCAUAAUGCUUUUUUUUCUCCAAAUUCUGUAUCAAUGACAGUUACCUUAAAAAGUGUCAAUUUGUACAUUUGUAUAUCAAUGUGAGUGUGUAGUUAUUUAACUUGAGCCUCGUAGUGUUCGCUUUUGUGACCAUGUCUUAUUGAUAUAUAUAUAUAUUCUCUAUAUUCUUUUUUCUUUUUUUUAAAGCCUAUAGUUUUAGUCGUAUCUUGUGCCUUUGGAUAUUGGAUCUGUAUUGUAUUUUUAUUGGCAUUAACAUGCAUUGAUAUGAAUUCAUAAUGUUUUGUAGACAGGAUGCUGGUAGACUUCAAAUGUAGCUUGAAACUAAAAAUAUUUUUGAAGUGCUAUUCGACACAUGGUUUAAACUGUAUGUUUUGUGUUUAUUUUCAUAAAGACAAAUGUAUUAGUCAUUUUGUAUCUCUUCAGUGGUUCUUAUCAUCCGUUUCUGUGCCAAUUCAGACUUAUUGAAUGAUGUUUUGUAAAAACAUUAUGUACAUUAAGAUUUACAGUAAAUGGUUACAGCCUAACACUC